AUGGUAGCUUCGAAUUCCUUUUUUGACUAUCGUCAGGAGGAAGGAGCUAAGUUGUACGUGGCUCAGUUGAAGGGAGGCGAGCGGGUAAGCGGGAAGUUGGCGGAGCUGGAUGUGGUCGAGGUGAUAGUUCGAAGCCAGAAAGCGGGCGAAGACGUGUGGCAGGUGGGUUUCCAGGAGGACCAUGGUAGUCCAUUGAGGAGUCCUGAUGAGAAUCCCACCUUGUUUUUGCAAUGGGUGAAUCACGUGUGUAAGUUGGUGUUAACUACGAAGGCAAAUUUCACGUUGAUUCAAGGCGACCGGCGAUUGGUUAAUUUUAGGUCGUCGGUGCGUAGACAGCUGAAAGCGGUGGACGGGUACCUGAUUCCUGGUUAUCUGAAGAACAUUUUAUGGACUCGUGAUGGCAAGUUGGUGUGGACCUUUACGCCUAGAUCGUGUCUGGUUUUAAACUCCGCGUUGGAUCGGUACAUGUCUGAUUUGUGCCGAGAGCACGUGGAGCUGCAAGAUUUGUCCCGGAUGAAGGAGUGGUUGGUGAAGAAGCGCAUCACUGUCUCCACCAGUUACGCCCCUGACAAUGUGUACAAGCUCGUCUCGUUGCCAACAGAUGUGAAGCCCACAGACGAAAUUGAGAUCAUGGUGAGGCAACACUCUGGUGAGCUUGUUAAGAAAAAGCAAAGUCACUUGGACUACUUGAAGGAGCGGUACUCCGGCUGUAGACAGCUUUUCGACCGCAGCUUGGAGCAGAGCCAAAUGGUCGGAGUGGCUUUGAUGGGCAAGGCUCGCAAGACCGCGAGGACGUCGAGAGUCGUGUUCAUCCCGGCGCCCUUGUUGCAAAUUGUGAAUGUACAACCUUCUGAUUUGAGCAAGGCUGCGAGAGUGGACGUUACUCGGGGGUCGCAAAAAAAAGCGCAUGAAGCUUGCGGCGACAUCCGGGACUUGAUUAGAGAUCUGAGUGACCCUGAGAUCUUGCAAACGUUCGACACCUUUGGGCUCAAUUUGAGAGCAAAUCCCAUGAUGAUAGAAGGAAAAAAUAACAUCAAAACGUUAGUGACCGUUCAGGUACCGUGCGACCAGCGUGGAGGCGACCGUUCAGGAGGGACAAAAAUGUCAUUACAGCUGGACGAACAGUGUAACUUCCUAAGGCAGUUUACUCAUGCAAGUCAUUCAACGCCGCCGACUAUAAGUCGAUGGAUGCUUGUCAUCAAAAGCGAACCGAGGCUGCAUAACAUAGGACCGCAACUGAUGCAGGAUCUCAGUGGCUUGGCAAGGCAAAGAAAUUGGAAUUGGAAUUAUGAUGGGUACGAGUCUGGUUGGGUGAUCUCCUUUAUGUCUGACCAGGAUCUGAACGAUAAAGUAGAGGGGAUUCUGAAAAGUUUCCAUAAGGACAAAGUACCGAGACCAGACAUCAUUAUAGGCCUUAUUCCGAUGAAGGACGAGUAUGAUUAUACCUGCAUUAAGCGUUUCGCUUAUCGGCUUCAAUGUGCUUCUCAGAUAAUAACUGCCGAUUUGCUCGAACGUUUGCAAACAAAAGCCUUUUGGAAGGUCUUAUCCGGGAUGUGUGGUAAGUUGUUACCGAGUAGGGAAGGUAAUCACGUGGUGUACCCUCAGCCGUGGUCGUUGGAACAAGGCCCACUAGACGCUUGUAGAAAUACCACCUGCAUAGCCAUUUGCACUUAUCGACAGUCACAGCAGGCCUCAGGCUCCGGCACCAUGGGAUGGGGAAUCACUGCGACAACUAACAAUGAAGCGUCUGGUCUUAUUCAAGACUUCGGCGAGCUGCAAAUGGCUGAUAAGGGUGGCAUUCUACCGCGGCUGGACACGUUGCUUACCAACAUCUUCCACCGGUUAAUAUAUCAGCACCAGAGAAAACUCGAUAACGUCAUCAUUUACAGAAGAGGGAUCAGCGAAGGACUUAUUGGACGACUUCAAGCUAUUGAAAUACCCGCGAUAUACAAGGCUAUGAGUAAUUGUCUGGGGGAGCAAACAUUCGACCAGGACACACGGACACUCAGAUUAGCCUGGCCAGAUUUCUUUAAAGAAAAUGGAGACUACAAAGUCUUUGUUAAGUGCAGACCGGCCAAGACUGUGAAACGAGACAUUCAAGGAACUGAGCGCAACGCCAAGCAAGACCGAACAGGCCAGAAGGACGAAACAAGGAAGCAGGACGGAUCAGAUAAGCAGGAGGCUAAGGACGAGAGCAUAUUACCCAGUGCAGAAUCCAGUACAAGUUCUCUUACCGAGAUUAAAGUUGGUGCUGAAGCGAAGGCUGAGACACCCAAAUCCGAAGGUGACAAGUAUUCCGAAGGGGCCGCAGGGAUCGAAGGGGCCGCAGGGAUCGAAAGGGCCGCAGGGAUCGAAAGGGCCGCAGGGAUAAGGAUGAUGGAAGCUCGGUUGAAGCGCAUGCGUCGGGAAGAUAACUCAAAAGUCGCUUAUUUAGACUGUCUUAUACCCGACGGUUUAGAACCAGAUCUCAGUGAGCCUCCGCGAAUUGUAGCUCCGAAUUCGACGAAGCAAGUGACCAUGCCGCAGAAGCCUAAAUUGUGCUACGUCAUCACCAAUCGGUCGAGCUGCUCCUCGCUUUUGACGUUCCAGAAUGAUCGACAAAUGCUAACACCGGGUGGUACAGUUAUCGACCGGUAUUUCAAAUGCAUUCCCAGACAAACCAAGAUCAGAGACGAAUUCUAUAUUGUUCCUGGCUCCGGACCUGUCGGAUUCGCGUCACCCGUACAUUACAUCGUUGUUCAAAAUGACUUGGAAAUGUCGCUAGAUGAAAUAUCUGAUAUGACUCUACGACUUUCCUUUCUGUACUUCAAUCAUCAGGGAUCUAACAGAACACCCCACAUCGUCCGGAUAGCAGAGUCCGCAGCGGAACAGGCACUCACCGUUUAUCGGAACAUUGACGACUUGGUUAAAGAGGAUUUGAAAACUCUUUAUGGUCACCCACGGACAGCGGAGGUCAACCGGCUCAAAGACACUGCCAUCUUUUUGUAA